AUGGAACAUCCGGGAUGGCAGUUGGAUGGACCAGAUUGGGACUACGGUGAAGAACGUGAUGGAGACAUGCAGCACAGCUUGCAAAUUGCAAAUUGUCCAGAUGCGUCGUACAAGAAGCUCGAUUUCCUGGAGGACCCCGAUGGCCGCUAUUGGGUUGGUUUCGAUUUGUAUGAAAAAGACGUAGAUUUCGACACCUGUGGCUCUGUCGCGUAUGUGUGUGGAGGUAGUUUUCGAGUACCCAUUGAAAAGGCGGGCAAGAAAGAAAACGCAUAG